GACCUGUUGCUUCCAUGUCCGCCCAUUCACCCACUCUACGACUCGAUGGACGGAAUGCAGAUGGGCUGAGGGAGAUAACACUUAAUUACGAGGGGCUCGACAGAGUAGAUGGCUCCGCCAGGUUCGGCUUCGGCGAGACGAAAGCCCUGGCAUCCGUGUCGGGCCCUAUCGAAGUCCGGCCAAACCUCGAGCUGCCAUCGCAGGCCACGCUCGACAUUCAUAUCCGCCCCGUCGCCGCCAUUUCGGGAACGGACUCCAAGGCGCUCGCCGCUACCCUCAAGGCGAUCCUCACGCCUGCGCUCCUUCUUGCGCGGCAUCCCCGUACGCUCAUACAGGUCGUCGGGCAGGCGCUCUGCGGCAGCGACACCGGGAGCGGCAUAGGCAGCGCCGGACGUGGCUGGAAUGCUAGCCUCACCGCGAGCCUUGUGAACGCCAGCAGCGCGGCGCUGCUCAAUGCAGGCUCGGUUCCUAUGCGCGGCGUCGUGUGCGCGGUUUCCGUUGGUCGAAUCGCGUCAGGAAAUGAGAAAGAAGCCCUGCUGGUCCUCGACCCUGCAGAAGCGGAGCUGCCUCGGCUAUCAGGCAGCGGGUGCUUCGCGUUCCUGUUCUCAUCUGUCUUGCCGAUCACAUCUCUGAAUGAAGCGGAUAUCCCUCCCUGCUCUUUGCUCUGGACCAACUACUCCGCCACAACGCCGUUCAACGAGUCAGAACUGCACCGUGCUCGGACACUAGCCGAGCGGGGCGCACAGGUCGUUUGGGGGAAGCUGAAGGAGAGCGUCGCUUGGAUGGAGGCUUCGUCUACCGGCAAGGGCACACAGCCGAAAAGGGAAAGAGCGGGUCAGCAACAAGAGCAGUUCCCGGAGAGCGAGAGCGAAGUGGACGACAACAAGAUGGAGAUAUAACGCUCGUAACGACCCGAGCCAGGUCACCAGCCUUCGCCGCUCCCUGAGUGCCAGUCGCUUCGGUCAGCGCCGGAGAUCACAACCACAGCAUCUCCGCUCCCGCGAUGUCCAACUCCCUGCAGUGCUAGUUCGGCUCCGAAGGACCCGUCGCAACACCUCACGUCAUGAGCCAAAUCGGACAACGCUGUGCUCGUACGGUAUUAGUUUUGCGAUAGACUGGCCGUCAGAUGGCAUAUCAUCUAGUGGUUCAUCAUCCUGUAGAAUGGAACUAUAGGAAUUGAUUGGAAUCUUGACUCGUUCCACU